AAUGGGCCAAGGCCCGUUAAUAGCACUAAUGGGCUUCACUCUCGGAUUUUGAGGGAUUCGUAUCUUGGAGCCGAAGUGUUUUCUUAUAGAAAGAUCAAAGAUUGAUUUCUUCUGCAAAAUUCGAUCGAAAGUGACGAAGAAAGAUCCGAAGAUGGCGACCGCAAGCGAGAGUUAUUCAGCUAAGAGAUGGCUUCCACUUGAAUCUAACCCAGAUGUGAUGAAUCAGUAUCUUUGGGGACUUGGUCUUGCCCCUGAUGCAGCAGAGUGCAAUGAUGUGUUUGGCUUAGACGACGAACUUCUAGAGAUGGUUCCAAAGCCUGUUCUUGCUGUUCUCUUCCUUUACCCCAUCACCACAAAGAGUGAAGAAGAGAGAAUCGAGCAAGACAAGGAAAUCAAGGAAAAGGUGCAUAGUGAUAAAGUUUACUUCAUGAAACAAACUGUUGGUAAUGCUUGUGGAACCAUUGGCCUUCUUCAUGCUAUUGGGAAUAUAACCUCUGAAAUCAAACUCUCCGAGGGAUCGUUCUUGGAUAGAUUCUUCAAAUCCACUGCCAACAUGACUCCCAUGGAGCGUGCAAAGUAUCUUGAGAAUGACAGUCAAAUAGAAGAUGCUCAUUCUGUAGCUGUUUCAGCGGGUGAUACAGCUGCUUCAGACGAUGCGGUCACGCAUUUCAUCUGUUUAGCUUGUGUAGAAGGUGAGCUCUAUGAACUUGAUGGAAGAAAGGCAGGACCGAUUUCACACGGUGCUUCCUCUCCAGCUACCCUCUUGAAGGACGCAACGAUAGUGAUAAAGAAAAUGAUUGAGAAGAACCCAGAUUCUCUGAACUUCAAUCUGAUAGCCAUCUCUAAGAGAACCUGAGGGUCUUCUUAAAAAGCGAAGCUCCUAAGUCUUGUUUCUGAGUUUGUGACUAUUUUAUAUCUUCGGAUUCUGCUUUUCUAUGUUCUGAACAAAUCGCAGUUGAUGAUCAUGGUUUAGAGAAUGCAUUUCUAGAUGAGUAACACUUAUGAAUCGAAUCACAAUAUCUGUAGAUUCGUAUUGAAUUAUUGUCUCGUAGCGUUUUGAAAGCAGAGUCAAUAAUUCUCAAUAUAACUA